AUGAGCUUCUCGAUUGUGGGCGUGAACAACAGGCGGAACGUGGAGACGGUGUCGCGGGCGAGGGACGCGGCGUACGGGGUGGGUCCCGGGGUGGUGGCUGCGGUGGCUGCCGACGGUGCUGAUGCUGCCGACGGUCUUGAUGCUGCGCUUUCUCAUCACACUUGGCUUUUUUUUUUUUUGCUCCAUCUCCAAUCAUUUCAUCUUUACUCCUCUGCCUCGCUAUGUUACUUUCUCACCAUCUCCUCCUUUGAUCUCUCUGCCUCCUCUCUUUCCUCUCGCCUCCCCUCAGGCUCGCCUCAAGCCAGCGGGACAGGAACCCUCCAGAUCUACCUGAUUGACGUGAACGACAAUGCGCCGGUGCUGAUACCCCGGGAGGCCCAGGUGUGCGAGCGUGCGCGCCCCAACUCCAGGAUCAACAUCACAGCCUCUGACGCUGACGCCGACCCCAACGUGGGGCCCUUUGUCUUCGAGCUGCCUUCUUUUCCCGCCAGCGUUCGCCGCAACUGGACUAUUUCAAGACUCAGCGGUGACUAUGCUCAGCUGAGGCUAAGGAUUCCUUACCUGGAGGCGAGUGUGUACGAGAUCCCCAUCAUCGUGUCAGAUUCGGGGAACCCUCCUCUGUCCAAUCGCUCUGUGAUCAGAGUCAAAGUUUGUCCCUGUGACGACAACGGGGACUGCAGCGCCACAGGGGCUGUGGCAGCUGCCGGCCUUGGCACCGGAGCCAUCAUCGCUAUACUUAUCUGCAUCAUCAUACUGCUCAGUAUGGUUUUGCUCUUUGUGGUGUGGAUGAAGCGCAGAGAGAAGGAGCGGCAGGCAAAGCCCCUGCUGAUAGAUCCCGAGGACGAUGUCAGGGACAACAUCCUAAAGUAUGAUGAGGAGGGAGGAGGAGAGGAGGACCAGGACUAUGACCUUAGCCAGCUGCAGCAGCCCGAGUCUUUAGACCACAUCAUCAAUAAGCCAGCUGGGGUGCGCAGGGUGGAUGAGAGACCAGUGAUUGCUGAGUCCCAGUACCCUGUCAGACCCAGUCUGCCCCACCCUGGAGAUAUAGGAGACUUCAUUAAUGAUGGUCUGAGGGCAGCAGACAAUGACCCCACAGCUCCUCCCUACGACUCCCUGCUGGUGUUCGACUACGAGGGCAGCGGUUCAACCGCCGGCUCCGUCAGCUCGCUCAACUCCACCAGCUCAGGGGACCAGGACUACGACUACCUCAACGACUGGGGCCCUCGCUUCAAGAAGCUGGCCGACCUCUACGGAGGAGGGGACGAUGACUGAGAGCGGAGCGGCAGGCUGGGUGGGGCUACAGCAGGGUUUGGGAGAGGCGUGAUCGGUUGGGUGGAAGCUCCUAGAAACCACAUUCAGGGGCCAAGAACAUGACGCAGUCUCCAUGGCAGACAUGCGCUGCGUUAGCUUGCUCACAGCGACCGAGCCCGCAAAAACAUGAAUUCCACUGCUACGCAACUGUAUUCUGGCUUUAUAUUUUUUCGUGGCGCGUUUGUAGUGUGAUGUUUUUUUUUUUUCCUUCUUCUUUUUGUUGUUCUCUCACCACGCUGGACCUGGAGCUCUCUGGGGAUGAAUCAAGGCGGUCGUGAGAGACACAAGUAGUGAAUUUGUGCUUUGAUUGAUUGUUAAAAGGACACCAUCUCUUGCUUUAGUUUCACACUGAAGAGAAUGUUCUUGGGAAGGCGCUCUCUGACUCUCUCUUUCACUCUGUCAACUUGAAUUUCCUUAGAACAGAAGCACUGUCAUUUUAUAAAGUGCCUUUUGUGGUGUGUUUUUGUAUCAGACUCCUGCUAUCUCAGGAUCGGUUGCCAUUCGUGCAGUACAGUGGAGGCGCAUUCUCUCGUCGCCCCCUGUGCUCCUCAAACCAGCCCUGCCUGUCCCUCUCCUCUCCCCUUCACAGUGGUGCAGAUAAACAACCCCAGCAGCCAGUCCCAGGAGGGAAGGACACAACCAGGGCAGACUAUCGGAUAUCAUAACCCAAUGAAUUAUGGGCCUAAAAGAAGCCAACAAGAGUUGUUGUGGUAAAGACAACCCUCUUCUCCAAGGACCUGCUCUCACAAGCAUCACCUGUUGACCCACUGACAGUGUGUGAGACCAUUUUUAUACAUGUGGGGGUUUUCUAAUGUAGUGGAGAAUGCCUGCCUUUCCUCUAUGGACUCAUGAGUUUAGGAGCCUUUAUGUUGAGAAGCUUGCCUGCCCUGUAUGGUUUUGUGUUGCUUUCUCCACAGUGUAAACCUUAUGUAGGCAUGAUCUGAUUAGUCAGACAAUGUAAGAAAGUGGAACUUGAAAUGACUUGGAACAAAGGCAUCUGAGAAUUUUUUUUUUUUGUCGCCUUGAACAUUCCCGUUUUUUAUAGGCCAACAAAACUAUUAAAGUGCAUGAUUUUUUUUUUCAAAAUGUUUUACUUAAAGCACUUGUUACUAUGUGGUGAGAAUGUGAAAAUAGUCAGAAGAAACUAUAUGAAUAUACUCUGUAUAAAGACACUGAGAAAAUAAAAAUACUGUAAGAUACCUAUUUUUGAAGUAUUGAUGACAUAAAAGUUGCUGCUCUUUCUCCAGCUCUUCACUGGGCUUAGGGGAUUUUUGGCCCGUUCAUUUUUAAUAUAUGGAUAUUUUUGUUUCUUUGUCUUCUGUUGAAGCAUAGUUCCAUUUUUAAGAUGCCUGCUUAUACAUGGUUUGCUAGUUUUUUUUCUUUUGAGAUUGUUUUCUAAAAUGCUUUGUUAUACUCCUUUUAUAUGUGAAAACACAGCCUUCCCCUUUCAACCUGUAUUGUCACUGACGGACGUGUUCCUCCUGUUGGCCUCUGGCCUCAGGACAGAGAAAAGUUCAUUGGCCAUGCCUGCUGAUAGUUGUUCUAUUAUUCCGUGUCCUGGAAUUCUUUUCUUCAUUCAUCUAGAUACUGGAUGUGUGCUUCAGAAAAUAAACAAGACAUGUUUUGAAAAUGUGCCAUCUUUUUUGAAUAUUCCCUACGUGCAUCAUCUUCCGGAGUAUGCUGAACUGUGUGACAUGGCCAGAUUGGUUCAGUGCUGGUCAUUUCAUGUCACUCAAAGCUUUAAAUUAUAACAGGACUCUUGUCUUUAAAAUCAUUAUUUGUUACAGCUUUAGCUAUACUAGCCCAGACUUAAAGCCACUAUGUGUUGGAUUUUAACAUUUCCCAUGUUUGCGCACCCCCUGUGCUAGUAUUAAAGAAGAUAAUAUGGCAGACAGCAAUGCAUGCCUCUAGCCCCCACCCACCCCCAUUGACUGAACAGCCAAGACUGAUGAUGAAUGAGCUGAAAGCAGCUCAGGGACUGCAUCAGUUUUCAGGAUUGUCUCAUUUUUCUACAAACACACACCAGAGUCAUUUGAUGUGUAUGCUAUAAUCACAUACAGAUUCUACACAUAGUGGCUUUAAAUUGACUGCUUUCCCACCUUUACUUGUUCAUGAAAUGACUGGUUUGUAUUUGCACUGAAUGAUUGCACCUUCUUUAUUUUUUACUGUGGACCAAUGUAUUUUAAAGUGUUAGAGUCAUGAAGCAAAACAGACUCCCUUUGGAGUUACGCAGUUAAUCUCUGACCCAAUUGUUUGGAUAUGGAUUAAUUUUCUAAUAAAACACUCGCUAUUUGUACUUUUAUUGCAUCUCAGAAGAAAGAGACGUAGAGCAGUGUAUGGGGUCAGGAAGUAUAUUUGUGUCCAUUCCUGUGAUUUCAAUUAGUCAGCUGAAGUGCCAAAAAGCCCACUGGGGACUUAAAGGGAUUUAAUCCUCUCCGGCUGUGUGUCUAUCAAUUAGCCACGCCAUUAAUCCCCACGGCGUAAUCUCAUUAGAUAGAGCUCCUUUAAUGAGACACCCAGAGAGAAAGCAGAGAGGCAGUGCAGUAAGAGAGAGGGAGAAAAAUGAGGUGGUGGCAAAAUCCAGGUAGGCCGUGUGGAGAGGUGAUUAGUAAGAUGGAAGCCAGGGUUGGAGGGGGCGAGGGAAGUGAAAUCCAAGCACAGUAGGGACAAUGGAUAACAUUUAGAAAAUGGUUUGUAAAAAAGGUUAAAUAUGAGGUAGUGAAAUAGAGGGAUACUUAUUGGGUUGUCCACUAUGGCCGGAAAUUAGAGGAGUGGGCAAUGGAGAGGUACAGAAGACAGGUACAGGUGAGCAGAGCUGGUGGAGCAUAGUGGACUAGUUACCAGUGCUUUUUCCUCAUCUACAGUGAAGUAUCCCAUCCCUGUAAUAAGAACACUCAGUAAUAAACCCAAGUUCAUCUUUAGUACAAUGCUGAACUCUGUUAUGGACCCAUCAGAAUUCUGGACCCAUGUUAAUAAGGGAGCCUUCAGAGGUGGGCGCCACUGCUCUCAAAUAAUGAUCAAGUUGGUAAAAGGGCAUCUUGGUCAUAGCAGAUACGGAGAUUUACUUCAGGGAAGGUUUCUUUGAUGGGCUUAGCUGAGGUUUCCCUGUGGCCAAUAGGCAGAGUGAUAGAAGAAAGCACACUCAAGUUGCCCCCUUGAUAAAUGGCAUAUAUAGACUGAGAGAUUUGCUGCUGGCUUGCAGCCAGUGCUUUGUGUGUUGUAAAUAAAGAUCUCCUCUUCAAACA